GUCAAGUACUAUAAAUGACUUCAGUAUAUUUUCUUCAGUAUCUGGACUUAAACUUAACAUAGAUAAGUGUCGAUUGAUAUGGAUCGGAAACAAGAAAUACUCAGAAGAGAUUUUAUGCCCUGAACAUAAAUUUGAUUGGUCUUCAAAAAACUUCAAACUUCUUGGAAUUAAUUUUUCUUUGGAGUUAUCUGAAAUCAUUGAAUUGAAUUUUAAAGAAAAGCUAUCAAAAAUAAGAAAAUUGCUUGGAAUGUGGUCUAAAAGAAAUCUUACUCUUUUAGGAAAGAUCACAGUUGUUAAAACACUGGCACUACCACUUAUAACACAUCUACUGUAUUCACUGCCAAAUCCAGGUAAAAAAUGGAUAAGCGAAAUUAACACAGUUUUUUAUAGAUUUAUAUGGGGGUACAAACCUGACAAAAUCAAACGGGAUACAAUGAUUCUUGAAUAUGGAGAAGGAGGUUUAAAGAUGAUACACAUUGAAAGUUUUAUGAAAUACCUGAAAAUUAAGUGGGUGAAAAGGCUAUAUGAUGGAAAUGGGGACUGGCAAAGUUUAGCAAAAUCUAAUUUUAGUAAAUUUGGAGGGGAGAGAUUAUGGAAUCUGAAAAAAUCAAAACUGGAGGAAAUAUCGAAAAAUGUAACUAAUGUUUUCUGGAAAGAUGUUAUUUUAGCAUGGAAAGAAUAUAAAGAUGAUAAUAAUGAAGUAUCAAGUUUUCUUGGUGAUGAUCUUUUGAAUUACAUACCAGUUCCUAGUUACAAACAAUUUAUUGAAUAUGAACGGAAUGGGGUGAAGACAGUUAAGGACUUGUUGGACAAUAAUUAUCAGUUUUUGUCAUUCAAUGAUAUUAAGACUAAAUGUGAGAAAAUGAAUUUUUUACAAUAUUUCGCAGUAAUAGACCACAUUCCAAGGGAAAACUUAAACAUAAUACGACAACAACCAUUGAUCAACAAUCAAUCAGAAAACAGUAAUCUUUUAAGAAGACUUCUUCAAGCAAAAGAUCUUAGAUAUGUUUAUAAAGCGAUUGUUGCUAACUACAAACAUUAUCCAGUUGAAAGGCAGGAAAAAUGGAAUAGAAAGUUAAAUACAAAUUUAAAUGAUGAUAUAGGUUGGGAGAAAAUUUAUUUAACAAGCUUUCUGGUGACAAUUGACACAAAACUUCAAAAUCUACAAUUUAAGAUUCUUCAUAGAAUAUUAACAACAAACAGUUUUCUUUACCAAAUUAAUGUUAAGGAUGAGGAUCUAUGUACUUUUUGUAGAGAUGCACCAGAAUCAAUUGAACACUUAUUUUUUAACUGUGUGAAAAUAAAUAAUAUAUGGAAUGAUUUAAUGGCUUGGGUGAAUGACUUGAAUAACAAUAUUAUCAUUAUUGAUCAUAUGAAUAUCAAGGAUGUGUUAUUUUUUUGUGAAAAGAUGUCUUCUUUGAAUAACACAAUGAACAAGUUUAACCAAAAGUGGUCUCCCCUUAAUAUCUAAGAAAAAAGCUUUUAAUAUCAAUUGCAUAUCCGGGUAAACUUAAAGAAUUAAUUAAAGCAUGAAGGAAGAUUUUUGGUAUUUAAGUAAAUAACAGGCGUACAUGUAUGUAUUAUAUCUGUCUUGUGUAUGUUUGAUGUUGAUAAGUAUGAUUAUUGGUUUAUGUGUAUGUGUAGAUGGUAAAUAUAUAAUUAUUUACUGUAAUAGAAAGGAUGGAUGUAUCCAUAUAUUAAUGUCUUAAUAUAAAGAAUGUUUGCAAUAUCUAUAUGCUAUCAGGCAUGCGAAGAUGUGUGUGUAUGGGUACGAGUGUAUGUGUGUACAAUUAUGUGUGGUAUAUAUGUAUGACUCAAGUAAUAUAUUUGUCAUUUCGAGUGUGUGUAUGAUGUAUUUAUGAAUACAUAAUUUGUAGUUAAAUUUCACAUAAUUGUACACUGUUUAUGUUUUUGUGUUUAUGUAUAUAGGUCUAAAUUGCUAGGUACAUUAGUAUUUGUACUCUUUUUUAUUUCCCCAGACAUUCCUUCUUAAACUAAUCCAAAUUACACAUGAA